AAAUGUAGUCUAUGGAUACAAUAUAAAAGUCAACCGAGGUAGAGGCCGGCAGAGAAGCAAUCGAAAUGGGCGAGGAACUGAAAUUGUUUGGGGUGUGGGGAAGCCCAUUCAGUCGCCGAGUGGAGCUUGCUCUGAGGCUGAAGGGAAUCCCCUAUGACUACAUGGAGGAGGAUCUCUCCAACAAGAGCCCUUCGCUCCUCAAGUACAAUCCUAUCCAUAAGAAGAUCCCCGUCCUCCUCCAUGGUGGGAAGCCAGUAGUCGAGUCGCUUGUUAUCCUCGAGUACAUCGAAGAGACAUGGGAAGGGAAUCACGCCAUACUGCCGAAGGAUCCUUAUGAGAGGGCCAUGGCAAGGUUCUGGGCCCGGUUCUUGGAUGACAAGUGCAUGCCUGCAAUGUGGAUGUCAUGCUGGACUGAAGGGGAUGCGCAGCAAAAUUUCAUGAAGGAAUCCAAGGAAAACCUAAGCAUUCUAGAGGGCGAGCUAAAAGGGAAAAAAUUCUUUGGAGGUAAUGCCAUAGGCCUGGUGGACAUUGCAGCCUUAUUCAUAGCUCAUUGGGCUGGGGUGCUUCAGGAGGUAGCAGGAAUAAGCUUGGUCAAUGAGGAAAAGCAUCCCAUCCUAUUCAAAUGGAUUGAAGAGUUCAUCAGCUCUGACAUUGUGGUGGAAUGCUUACCUGCUAGAGAAAGGCUUCUAGCUUUUUUCCAAGCUAAGAAAGAGACCAUGCUGGCUACCAAAGCUCCUGCACAGUGAUGGUGCAACGCAACCAUUUGAUGUGGGAUAUGAAUAAAUUAUCAUAUUAUCAGGAUGAGGACAAUUAGAAGAAGAGUUUGAUAUGUUGUACUUGCAUGGAUAUCCAAUGGUGUGUUUGCUUUCUUAUUUUACAGUUUGUUGCGAGUGUGAAGAAUGGAGUGUUCGUUUAAUUUGAGUUGGUCAUGGGGCUAUGACUUGUUCUCAUUAA